UCAUAUCCGCUCUAGUUUGAUUUCUUGCUUCAAUACAAACGGUCCGCGAAUAUGUCCAUUAAACUAAGCUUUUGGGAAAAACACAAGGUCAAUAUCUACAUUUUUGGCAAUAUCUAUGCCACAAUCAAUGGCCUGAUGGUUAUCAACUAUAUACCCACUACUUCAACCAAAUCUCUGAGAUAUUAUUUGGCCACCAUCUAUUGCCAUGUGCUCAGCUUUGCCAUAAUCAUUCUAUUGCCAUUGUAUUUCUUUUGGAACCUACAGUAUUUGGUCGAGACCAAAGAUCGUCGCUGGAAAAUACAGUUGCUGGUGAAUUUUUCCAAUACCUUCAUCAAAUAUUGCAUGGUGGUGGUCACAUACAUAGCCAAUUUUGUGCACUACAAGGAUAUACGUUAUGUCACCAAACGGCGACAGUCUCUGGAAGAGGAAUUCAAUCGUAUAUGCCAAGGCCUAAGCGAGGAGCCACGCACAAAAUUCGAAUUUAUGCUCUUGUUUAAGUUCGGCUUGAUCAAUGCCAUGAUGAUGGUGCAAAUUGCCCAAAUUUCAUAUCAAUAUUUUAUGGGCUCCAAUGCGGUGAGGGUAUACUUUCAGCUCUAUACCUUUUUCCUGUGGAACUAUACCGAGAAUAUGGCUGAUUACUUUUACUUCAUCAACUGUUCGGCCUUGAAAUUUUUACACCAAUUAAAACAGCGAAUACAAAAGUCCUACGAGAAGAACAGGCGUUAUGUUCGCUAUCGUCGGCAUUAUAGACGCACCGGCCUAGUGGGUCAUUUGUGUUGUGUAUUAAGUGAUCAUUUGGAUUCACUCAAUCAGCGUUAUGGACAAAUUUGUAAACUCUACAAGGACAGUGUGCUAAUGCACCAAUUUCAAAUACUUGGCUUAAUUCUAACCACUCUGAUAAGCAAUCUAACCAAUUUUUUUACCUUAUUCAGCCUGCUGUCGAAGCAUAAAAGCUAUCGUUUCACUGACAUUGCGCUCAAUUGUAUUUUUGCUACAGUUUUCUAUAUCGAUACGUAUAUUGUGACAUUGAUAAGCGAUCGCAUAUACAUGGAAAUGGAUGCCAUACGUCUAAUGGUGCAGAAAUUUAGUGAGCUGCCUCGUUUGGAUUGGAGAUUGGAAGAAACGAUUGAGAACAUGUCCUUUUCUCUAUUAACGUACGAUGGUCGUUUUCGUAUUUGUGGCUUGUUUUAUUUGGAUCGUCAUUUAACUUUUCUAACUGCCUCAGCAGGCUUAGCAUAUUUUAUAACUUUAGUACAAUUUGAUAUAAAUUGGAAUAAUUUUAAAUAA